AUGGAGGAGCAGAACGGCGGGGACUGUGCGCUGAGCGAAGAGGCGGAGGAAGUGCUGCUAAGCGCGGUGGCCUUUUUCAGCCCAGAGGGGGGUGGGCUCCAGGAAGGCGCUCUGAACAACAUCCGGGCAGAUGAAAACGCAGUGAAACUUCUAAAUGAGUUUACGCAAAGCGAAGAGGACUGUCUAUUUGUAUUUAACGAAAAGGACACGAUCAAAUUUUACGCAUCGAUAUUAGACUUACAAAAAAAAAAAAAAAAUGAAAAAUAUUUAAUCAUUUACAAAACGUCACAAAGUAAGAAACCACUCUUCCUCGAAAUGAACAAUGAUGCAGAAAAUGUGACGAGGAAAUUUUUGGAAAUUUUUUUUUCCAAUUUUAUGAACAAAAAUGAUGAGAUCAAUUCUUCCUCUCUGUUGAAGGAAAUGAAAAAAAAGUUCAACAAUUUUUUGCUGAACUUGAGGAUAAUUUAUGGAGAGUUACAGGAGAAAUUAACUUUGCCACUGUUGCCAUCUGGAGAGAAGGAGGAAGAGGAGGACGACAUCAACCACGUGGAAGAGUACUUAAUACACUUCAUCAAAUGCUACCAUGUAAUUUUACGAAAUUUUGUAAAUUACAAAAAGAACAAGUAUGAAAAUUGCCAAGAUUUUCUAACCUGUUUGAAACAGAAAAAUGAAGACAUCAAUUUUUUGUAUGGCGAAAUAGAGAAGGAGAAGUUCAAGCAGAUUGUACACACCAUUUUGGAAAGGAAGAAAAACUCCAGCUACAAGAAUAUUAUCGAGAACAUUAGGAGGGAAAUUGUGGAUCUCAAAUUGGAGGUCUUCGAUUUGUAUACACAUCUCAAACCAGUUAUUCACUUUUUGCAAAAACUGGAAAAUAGCAGAGAAGAAAUUGAGAAUAAAAAUGUGUUCGUCGCUCCGAUUGUGCAUGCAUUGUCUUUGUCACUGGACCGAUCGGAGUAUUUAAUUAAGAACUGCAAGUUUGUGUUUGACUUCCUUUCUAGGGUUCUUAUAAAUUCUUGCAAGAAAAAUAUGAACACGCCAGAAAUUAUCAACUCCAUUUAUAACUGUGUGGAUGUGUUGAAGAGCAAAUUAUAUGGGACUUUGAAUUUUCUCCUGAACUUUUUGUACCUCUUUAGGAUGUACCGAGAGAAGAAUGCCAAGCUGCGUUCUUUGAGUGAGUCCUGCGGGUGGAGCAUUCCAGCGAGGGAUACACAGAAGGACGAAACGGAGCAGGAGUGUGCCUACUUUCCGUCCAUCAGUUUGUACAUUUAUAAGCUGAGGCUCCUAAUUGAAUACCUAAAAAUUUACCAAACGUAUAUGAAGUUGGAAAAAAUUGAAAUUCCGGGUGAGAAGGGGAAGAAGCUAACGGAGGAGGUGCAUACCAUCCUGCGCGAAUUCAAUUCCAUCAAUGAGACCUUCCUAGACAUUAACCAUGAGAUCAUGAAUGAGGAAGAAACUAUUUUUAUAAACAAGUACAACCAAUUUGAGGACAAAGUGAAGGAACUGAACAAAAGAUUGAUUUGCGUUUUUGUUCACUCCUUUGAUAAGGACUUGAAGAAGAAUAUCAAACUGCUGAACUCGUUUUUAAUUUUGCGGGAUCUGAGAUCCAUCGAGGUAGAGCUGGUUCGGCACGCCUCUCUGCUUUGCGAAGAUUUGAAGAAGGAGUUCAUCCUGGUGGACAAUCUGUUCAUCAAGAAUAUGACGAUCGUGGCGAACAACAGGGGCGUUUUCCUGGAGCAGGGGGGGUCCGUUGGGAAGGUUAUCCCUGAUGGUGCAAGUUCAGGCCAGGUUAUCGAUCAUAGUGAUAGUGCAAUCGCUAAUGGCAAAGCGGACCUGCCGAAGGAACAGCUGAGCCACCUGCACAUCGACCAGAACGCGCCCCUGUUUUGUGAAGUGGUGAACCUUUUCACGUCGCUGCUGAAGCGAAUCGAACAGCAGUACUUCCCUCUACGCAAAAUUGUGAAGGUGCUCAACUUUAAGGAUGAGAAGACGGAAGAAAUACACGCGCUUUACCGAAGCAUUAGUGCGAAAAUUAGUCAAUACAUAGGGAACAUGAGCAAGGAAUGGUUCACGGAAACGAUAGACGUGGUGAACAACUUCUUGAAUGAACCUAUAUUUAAGCAAAAGGGGGAGUUAUUCUACGUGAACUUCCAUCCGCAUAUUUUCCUCUUCAUAAGCAACGUGAAAAAUCUCUACCUCAACAAUCUGACGGUUAAUGAAGAGUGCCUGAAAAUUUAUAACAGCACGAACCGGUUUAAGGAGUUCAUCCAUACGCUCAACAGUAUUACAAAAAAGUACAACGAUAUUGUGAGUAAAACAUUGGGUGUGCAGAAGGACCUCUUUCACGAUAAACUAUUUACUGUGAAGAAUACGCUACUGAGAGGGGUGACUGAGCUCCGGUGGACGCAGGAAGAAAUUUUCGAAUAUAUUAAAAUGGUAGACAGAGACAUGACCGAAAUAUUUGGUAACAUCUCCUCUGUGCAUAGCAACUUGAUUUCCGUUCUAAGUGUGACAAAAAGUUGGACCAGGAAAACAAUCCUUGAAAGGAGGAAGAAGCAUGAAGACAUUUACAACUACCUGAAUGGAUACAAAAAUAGCAUGGCGUUGCUGAAGGGGAAGUUGCUGGACGAUUUUAAGAACAUCCACAUGAGCAUGAAGCAAUCCUUUGACCUUCUAAAGAUGAAGAAGAAUAACCCCAUGUGGAAAAAUUACGUAAAGUUUGUAAACAGCAUAGUUACUGAUAGGGUGACCGAGUUGGUUAAUUUUCUCUUCUCAAAUUUGAAGAGCAUAAUGACAAACUCGGAAAGAGAUAACGAACCCCUCUUCACCGUUAAGAUAAACUUUGUUGACCAUAAGUUGAACUUGGACUUAAAGUUAAGGUGUAAAAAAUCGUUUAGCAUAACAAGCAUCUUCUACAAAUGGGUGGACGACUUUAUGAACCUUUGUUCUGGUAUUAAAAGGAUCGACACAAAGAGUGGAGAUUACGUGAAUGAAAUUCUCCUCAGUUUAAAAAUUAAUAGGAACAAGAAUUGCAUUGAAAAAUACUUCCAAUCUACUAUUGAUAAGUGUUAUGCUUACCUGGAAAGUCUAAAAAAGUAUGAACACAUUUGCAAGAAGGAUAUUAAGAAGGAGUUCCUCCAGUUUAAGGUGCAAAAUGAAGUACCUCUCUUCCCUACCUACUUUGAAUUCAACAACAAUUUUAGGGACACCUUAAAAUUGAUCAAUAUAAACGUUACGCAUCUCUUUCCAAAUGUGUUGGCUUAUAAGAACCUGAUCUUGUCUUUGAAGAGUGAACUGAGUAGCUUCCACCACUUGCGUAGUUAUGAGGUCAUCAAUUUUGUGGCAUUUCACUCAGAACACUUUGUCGAAAAAUUGAUAAGCUUUUCUCAGAAGGACAUUUCGAUGUAUAGUGAGUACCUACAAGUGUUUGUGCGGGAUGUUAUUUACGCCGUGAGUGCAUUCUACGAGGGGGUGUUGGCCAACCUGAAGGAUGCUGGUGUCAGUGAGUUCUUCGACCCGGGCAAGAAGGGGGCCUCACGUGGGAGCGGUGUUGCACAGUUAGGUGGUGAUGUAACUUCUGCUGACGGCUUGGCAGAGUUGAGUGGUGGUCCGGUUUAUGAAGAAAACUUGGUAGAGUUGAACGAUGGCAUUGCGUCCAGCGUCGUACCCAAUGCCGUGCCGGGAGAACCCCCCUUGGCAAAGAGCAAGAAGGACGCCUUCUACAACCUGAUGAGGAAUCUGCGUAGCGUGAAGCUGAGCAGGAAAAUCAUCCCCCUGAUUUUCCAAAAAACAAGAGAAAUAAUGGAGACCCUCAAAGAGCUCGGCAUAACUGUGAAACACAACGAAGUGUUAGAAGAAAUCGAGCGAAACAAGGAACGAGUAGAAAUACAAUACAACGAAAUAAAGGAGAAAAUCAUAAAGUACAAAAAUGAGGAAAUUAAAAAUAUUAAAGUGGAGAUCAAGCUAUUUAAGGAUGAGUUGAAGAAGCUAAAAAGUGGCAUCUUGCAGAACAUGCCUAAUGCACCUAAAGACAUGCAGGGUAAUCCUUACGAGAAAAUUAAUGAGUACAGGAAAAGCUACCAAGUGUAUAGGGAUAAGCAAAAGUAUCACAACGAGUUGGAGAUUCUGUUCGAGCUUGACAUAACCGUGUUUGAUGAGCUGAACGAGUUAGACAACAAAUUGAAGGAACUGAAAAAUCUGUGGGACGUUAUUAACAGCAUUGUGUUUUUCAUGGAGGAGGAAAAGAAGAAGCUGUGGACAGAUAUCGACGUGAAUGGAAACAUAUAUCUGAUCGAUUUUGUUUCACAGUACUUGAGAAAGAAUCUGUCUGAGCUGAAGAACCUGCCGGUGUAUGAGCACAUCAUGAAGGAACUGAAGAAGUUUUCCUCCAUCCUGCCGCUGUUGGUGGAUCUGAACAACGACUGCAUUUUCGAUCGGCAUUGGAACAUUAUCAUGAACCUGUCGGGGAGUACAGACAAUGGUAACAUGGUGGGAAAUGGUAACAAGGUGGGAAAUGGUAACGUAGUAGAUGAGGGCAACGUGGUGGACAGUGCUAACGUGGAGAGCGCGCCGAAGAAGCACCUGCAGGUAAAGUAUAAGGAACUGACGCUGCAGGGAUUCUUCGACCUCAAGCUGUACAAACACGUGGACGCCGUGCAUGACGUCAUGGAGCAAGCCAAAAAGGAAAAAAAAAUUGAAAACAAAAUUAGGGAAAUCAGCCAAAUAUGGAGAAAAAUGAACUUUGAAUUUCUCAACAAAAAUUCCUACAUUCAAAUAACCAACAUGGACACCAUUCUCGAAAUUGUGGACGUCCAUACGUCGGAGAUUCUCUUUUUCAUAAAUCAGAAAAAGUACAUUCUGUUCAUCCAGGAGACCAUUUUAAAGACACAGGAGAAUUUGAAAAGAAUCGAUGAGGUGAUUAAUAUAUGGAGAAAAUUCCUGAACAAAUUUGAGCGUCUACAACCCAUAUAUCUAAACUCAGAGGAUAUUCAUUCGCAGCUCCCUCAGGAAAGUAGGAUGUUUUUCAACAUCGAAAAUGAGUACAAGGAAAUCAUCCUCAAUGCUUAUGAGCAGAAGAACGUGUUACAAAUUUGCCUGAACGAGGACUUAUUUUACGUGCUGAGAAAAUUUUUUAAAAACAUCGAAUUGUGUGAAAAGGCUCUAAAUGACUACUUGGAUCAGAAGAAGAAGGCUUUUCCUCGGUUUUACUUUCUGUCGAAUAUUGCUCUUUUGGAUAUUCUGAGCAAUGGGAAGAACCCCAUGAAGAUCCUUCCCUACGUGAACGAUGUGUUCAACGCGAUUAAGACGAUUGAGUUUGGGGGGGCGUCAGCUGGAGUGGAAAAGAGGGAAGCCAUUCCAGACACAACGGAAGCGGAUGGGGGGGAUCAUUCCCAUGGUGCCACCCCCCCUACGAUGGAGUUCACCGCGAAAGGAGUGUAUAGCAUCGAAAACGAACAUUUGCAGUUCCCCACGGAGUUGGCGCUGAAGGGGAAUGUGGAGAAUUACCUGAAAGACCUGGAAACGCACCUGAAGGUAACCAUCAGGAGCAUCCUUGAAAAGGCAAAGAUCUGCUCCGAAAAUCUAGACGAGCAAAACAGAGACGAAACCAUGAUCACGAACUUCAUCAGCCAAGUGGUAUGCACAUGCAACCAAAUAGUUGUGACAGACGAAAUUAACAAAUGCUUCGACGAGCUGGAAAAUGGAAACGAGUCUGCCUUCGUGGAGUACAAGAAAAUACUCAUCGAGAGAAUAAACAAGCUAAUCAAGUUGGUGGAAAGGACGCAGGAUAGUAACAUCAGGACGAAGUUGCUCUCCCUGAUCAUUUUGGACGUCCACACGAGGGAUGUUAUUAUUUCUUUUAUAAAGAAAAAAAUUUCUGACGGAACUUCCUUCGACUGGCAAGCACAGUUGAAGUAUUAUUGGGUUUAUGACAAGAAGGCAAAUAACUACACGUGUGAAAUAAAGUUGUGUGAUUUUAAGACGAAAUAUCUGUAUGAAUACAUUGGGAAUUCAGGAAAAUUGGUAAUUACCCCGUUGACAGAUAAGUGUUACAUCACCCUGACGCAGGCACUGAAUCUGAUCCUUGGAGGAGCCCCCGCAGGUCCAGCAGGAACGGGAAAAACAGAAACCACCAAGGAUCUCUCCAAAGCUAUAGGUAUAGCUAUAUUUAUAUUCAACUGCAGUAAUCAAAUGAAUUAUUUUAACAUGUCCCAAAUUUGCAUUGGACUGUCCCAGACAGGUGCAUGGGGAUGCUUCGACGAGUUCAACCGGAUCAGCAUAGAAGUCCUCUCCGUGGUUAGCACACAGAUUAAGUGUAUCUUUGACGCCAUUAAGGAAAAAAAAACUGUGUUCCAUUUUAUCGAUGAUGAAAUCGUCUUGAAGAAAACGUGUGGGUUCUUCAUUACCAUGAACCCAGGAUAUGCAGGCAGAACAGAGUUACCCGAAAAUUUAAAAAAUCUGUUUAGAUCCUGUUCCAUGAUUGUGCCGGAUAUUAAAUUUAUAUGCGAAAAUAUGUUAAUGUCUUUUGGGUUCAUUAAGGCAAAUAAAUUGUCGUACAAGUUUGUCGAACUGUAUCAGUUGUGUAAGGAGCUACUUCGGAAGAACAUCCACUACGAUUGGGGAUUACGUGCCGUUAAGGUGGUCCUGAUCCAGGCUGGUAAUUUAAAAAGGAAAUACAGCAACUACGAUGAGGAGGUUAUUCUGAUGAAGGCACUGAAAGAUUUUAACAUUCCUAAAAUAACUCAUGAGGAUAUUCCCAUUUUUCUGGGGCUUGUGAAUGACCUCUUUCCGAAUGUCGACUGUGGGGAUAAGUUCUUCAAGGAGGAAGUUGGCGCGGAGGGGGGGACGGAUCCUUCCCACGGUGGGGAUGCCUUAUCGAUGGACCAAUCAGCGGUGACGUCUCCACAGGAAGUGGCUUCCCCACACGAAUUGGGUUCCCCCCAUGUGGUGACUUCCCCCCCGGAGGCGGAGGAGCACCACGUUGUGAGCUUCGACGAGGCCAUACGAAUCAGCCUCCGGGAAGCCAACCUCCAAAUAGACGACAACUUCAUCCUAAAGGUAAAGCAGCUGAAAGACUUGAUGGACGUGCGUCACUGCGUCUUCAUUUUAGGAGAAGACGGUUGCGGAAAGUCCAGCGUUAUUCAAAUAUUGAUAAAUACCCUGAACAGAAUGAACGAGAAAUGCUUGCACGAGGUUAUUAACCCCAAGUCGAUCGAGUCCUACGAAUUGUAUGGCUACUUAAAUAAGAACAACGAAUGGGUAGACGGUGCUCUUUCCUCCAUAAUGAGGAAAAUGUCUAGGAACAUAUCCCCCUACAGUGAGAGCGUCAAACAUAAGGUUCUACUGUUGGAUGGGAAUAUUGACGCAGAGUGGAUAGAAAGCAUGAACACCGUUAUGGAUGACAAUAAGGUAUUAACCCUGGUGAGUAACGAACGAAUACCCUUCACCAAGGAGAUGCACCUGUUCUUUGAAAUUACUAACAUGAAGUAUGCCUCUCCAGCGACUGUUAGUAGAGGGGGGGUCCUCUACAUAAACAGAGGAGACAUAAGUUAUAAGCUGUAUAUAAGCUCAUGGAUCAACCUGCUGAAAAAUCAUGUAGCCAAGACGGAGUUCUACUACCUGUUCAACAUAUUCUAUGCACAGAAUAUCGACAUGCUGAGGAAGCAGUGCAAAUUCGCCUUCGAGUUGUCCAACCUGGAUAUUGUGAGGUCCAUUUGCAACUACAUAGACUACUUUCUCGUUAAAUAUGAAAAGUACAUUAGCGAGGUGAUACGGAGAAUUGAAAAUCGCCAGGGGGAGGACGACCCGAUGGAGGAGCGGAAGGAGUCACUCCCCGUAGAAGCAGGAGGGGAAGCGGUCAGCCUGGGAAGUGCCCCCAAGGGGGAAAAUGCCCAACAGGAAGAUCACCUCAUGGGGGAAGACCCUCAAAAUGGGGAUGAAAAAAAUGUGGUGAACAAAAUUAACUAUAACUAUGAAAUUCUGAAGGAUUACUACAACAGCUUUUUCAUGAACUCGUACAUGUGGGUGCUGAACAACCUGAUCGUGGAAGACAAACUAAUGAACGCAAGAAAUGCACUCAACAAUAAUGUUAAGUCGAAUGUGAAGGUGAAGAUGGGGAGUGACUACUGCUGCAACUAUGCUUACAAUAUUUAUGACAAUGAGUGGAAGCACCUGAGUGAGUACCUGGACAGCGACAUUCUGUUUCUGCAGAAGAUGCGCUGGAACUUUGGACAAGAAGAGGGGGAGGCGGAGGAAACGGGCGAAGUGGAUCAAGUGGGCGAAGCAGAGGAAGGGGAGGACGUGGAUGAAACGGAUCAAGUUAGCCACGCUCAUGCCAAGCCGAAGCACAAGAAAAAGAGCGAAAACAACUACAUCGAAAGCAUGCUUCCACACAACUACGAUGAAUUAUACAUCAACACGAUAGAGCUGAUCAGAACGGAAAAAAUGAUAAAGUAUUCACUAGACCGAAAUCAGCCAAUCCUUGUCUAUGGAAGUAACGGCACGGGCAAAACCAAGUGUAUAAGUAACAACAUUAAUAUGAACAUUGAAAAAUUUACCCACACGACGAUAAGCAUAAAUUACUAUACAAACUCAUUUUCCCUUCAGAAGAUAAUUGAGAAUAAUGUGGAGAAGAGGAAUACUAGGACAUAUGGGCCGCCGAAUCAGAAGAGGCACAUCUUUUUUUUGGAAGACAUGAACAUAACUGCUAAGGAUAAUUGUGACACGCAGCAAACGUUGGAAUUCCUACGACAGUUGUUGACGUAUAAGCUGAUAUAUGACAGGGAGAAUUUGGACGAGAAGAAAUUCAUCCAUGAUGUCCUCUUCAUAGGAACAGUAAAUAAUAACGCAAAUAAACUCAUAGAUAAGAGAAUACAAAACAAGUUUCACAUUAUCAACAUAGAAGACAUUAGCAUGAAGACAUUCGAUAAUGUGUAUAAGGUUAUAUUGAAGCAGCACUUGCUAAAAUUUGACGACACAGUGAAAGGUCUACUUAACAACAUUAUUUCUUUUUCUCACGAUUUGUAUAGUAGGGUUACAGAGAAUAUUGCCUUCAAUUUGUCUAACUCGGCACCACAUUAUCUGUUCAACUUGAACGAUAUCCAUGGGGCAUUUCACAACAUCAUUAAAUGCACAAACCCUGACUUGUACAAUGGAGGGAACUUCAAAUUUCUAAUGAUUUUUUUCCACGAGAUGCAACAUGUGUAUAUGAACAAGCUGACUUCGAAUGAGCACAUUGAGAUAUUCACGCAGAUUUUUAACCGCCUCGUGCAGCAGCACUUUCCAUUCUGUUUGGAGGAGUUGGGUCGUCACCGGGCCACCUUCGACGGGGAGGCUAACACGAUUGGCAUGACUGGCAUGACUGGCGUGACUGGCGUAACCUGUGUGGAUGGGGAUAUGCACACCUCAAAUGGGCUGAGCACAUCACAGGGGAUAAGCACAUCACAGGGGGUGAAUGCCACUACCACCACUGCGGCUGCGAACCUCCCGUACGACCCGAACAAGAACAUAUUCACCUCCUUCAUUUCGGUACGCAACGGGCUGGACAAAAUGUACCUAGGGGUGAAGAAGUUUCACGUGCUGAAGGAGGUGCUGGCGGAAAAGCUAACCGAAUAUAAUAACUCCCACGUGGAGCUUCCCCUUGUUCUCUUCGACUACGCAGUUGUACAGAUAUGCAAAAUAUGUCGUAUUUUAGACUUUGAUAUUUCACACCUCAUGCUGAUCGGCUUUGGCGGAUCGGGAAAACAGUCCCUCGUAAAACUGAGCAUCUUCAUCAACUGUCUUAACCUGUUGCAAAUUUCAACGAACAACAACUACGACUUGAGUAAUUUCAAGGCAGACUUGCAGGAGUUUCAUCUAAAAUGCGCCAUUAAGCCGGGCAACGUGCAUGUACUCCUGCUGAAGGAGCAAAAUAUACUGGACUCCUUCCUGCCUUACAUAAAUGACUUGACUUCCACCGGGUUGUGCAACGAUUUGUUCACGAAGGACGAGUAUUUGGGUAUCUUCUCCUCUAUUCGAAAUCAGAUAAAGUACCUAAAUAUAGGGGAGAGCAAUGAAGACGUGUUUAAUUAUUACAUAAGUAAAAUAAAAAGGAACUUCAAAGUGGCAGUGACCCACUCUCCUAUUAGCAGCUUAUAUAGAGACCGUUUGACAAAGUUCCCCUCUUUUCUGUCGAACUUCUCCUUCGUGUACUUCUUACCGUGGCCAUAUGAAGCACUUGUAAAUGUGUCUAGCAAAUUUUUGAGCGAUUUAGAGAUUGAAGAGGAGUUGAAGAAGAGCAUCUGCGAACACAUGGCCUACGUGCACACGAGCACAAACGAGAUGAACAAGGUUUACCUGGAGAAGAAGAACCGAUACAAUUACGUCAUUCCGAAGACCUUCCUAGAGUACAUAUACUUCUACAAGAACCUGCUGCAUGUGAAGAACCACGAGAUUGAAAAGUCCGUGGAGAGACUGAACAAGGGAUUGUUAGCCCUGACGAGCACCAGGGAAAAUGUCGAAGUGUUGAAAAAGGAAAUCGAAGUGAAAAUAAAAAACAUAGAAGAGAAAAAGGUCGAAGUGAAUGAAAUUAUAAAAAAAGUGAAGGAAGCAACGGAGGUGACGAACAAAGAACAGCAAAUCGUAAAUGAGGAGAAAAAAAAAACGGAAAUUUUUACACGAGAAGCAAUUGACAUUCAGAUGAAAGCAGAUGAAGAAUUGAGUGAAGCUCUGCCCAUAAUGAACAAGGCAAAGGAAGCUGUAAACUGUAUUACCAAGUCAGCAAUUCAGGAGUUGAAGUCGUUACAGAACCCACCGAAGGAGUGUCUAGAUGUUACCCACGCUGUGCUAAUCGCCCUGAAGGAGAUAAAGAAUUAUUCCUGGAAAUUUGCUCAAAAAAUUAUGAAUAAUCCAAGUCAGUUUUUGUCCAAGUUGCAAAAGUUCGAUGCGGAAAAUAUGGAAGAAGAAACCGUCCAUUUGUUGACCCCAUUUAUUGAGAAGAAAUUUUUUAACUACGAAAUGAUGAAAACGAAAUCCUCUGCAUGUGCCUACUUGGCACUUUGGCUAGUCAACAUUGUAAAAUAUAAUGAGGUGUAUAAAAAGGUGAAGCCACUAAUGGAUAAAUUGCAAGAAGCCACCAACAAUAAAAACAGCGCAGAAGAAAAACUAAACCUGUUGGAAAAUAAGGUGAAGGAACUAACAGACAGUGUAGAGAAAUUGAGGACCAAAAUGAAUGAAGUUAAUGAGGAGAAAAAUAAAAUUAUAAAAAUAUUUAAUGAAUCUAAGGAUAAGUUAAAUCGAGCAGAAAAUCUGGUCAACAUGCUAUCGGAUGAGUACAGCAGAUGGUCUGAUGAAAUUGGCAUAAUUAUUUCUAAUAAAAAAUACAUUUAUGGAGACUGUCUCCUUUUGUCUUCCUUCAUCACCUACUUGGGUGUGUUCUCCAGUUCCUUCCGAGUAAAAUUAUGGAAGAACCUAUGGCUUGAGCAGAUCAAGAAGAGCAACAUCCUCAUCAGUGAAAUUUCCUCCCCAAUAGACAUUAUGGUACAGGAUAUACAAAUAGCCACCUGGAAAAAUGAGAAACUUCCCGAGGAUAGGAUAAGCAUAGAGAAUGCCCUCAUCGUAAGCACUUGCUACCGUUGGCCUUUACUAAUAGACCCGCAGUUACAGGGGCUGAAGUGGCUAAAAGUUAAAGGAGGAAAUAAUAUUACGUGUCUCCAAUUCAACAGUGACCAUUUUAUUGCAAAGGUGAAAAAUGUUAUUUUAAGAGGUGGGUAUCUCAUCAUAGAAAAUGUCACAGAGGAGAUUGACAACAUUAUCGAUGGGCUCCUCAAUAGGGAAUUCAUAAAAAGGGGAAAUGACACUUUUGUCAAAAUUGACAAUGAGGAGAUGCAGUUUAACUACCCCAAUGCGAUCAGCAGGGUUUCCAAAAUUAAGUCCUUCUAUGAGAGUAGUGCCACGUCUGGGCGGGGAGAGCACAACAACUCGGGUAGCUUCCACGGGGAUGGCGAAGUGGACGACGGGGAAUUGGACAAUGACAAUGAUGAUGCAACGGAGGAGGAAGAAGACGAAGAGGAACACCUACCCAAUAAGUCAACCCCCAGAAGAGGGAACAAACAAAGCAGGACAAACGGUAGACAACAACAUGGCGGUAGCAGCCGGCGUGGUAGAGAUAGCCCAACUGGGGAUAUGUCAAUGACCACCCCAAGGGAUAAACAGGACGAUGAGAAAAAUUACGAAAAAAUGUCCAACUCGCAAAGUAUGAGUAAAGCUCUUUCAAACGGAAGCUUAAGAAAGGCGGCCCCCUUUUUCAACCUCAUUCUGCAAACGAAGCUAAGCAAUCCACACUUCAAGCCGGAGGUAAACAGCCAGUGCACGCUAAUCAACUUUAGCGUAACUUGUGAAGGGUUGGAGGAGCAAAUUUUAGCAAUCAUCGUAAAUAUAGAAAAGCCAGAAUUGGAGAAGCAGAAACAGAUACUCGUAAAGAACAGGAAUGAAUACAAGAUAGUUCUGAACAAAUUGGAGGACGAAAUUUUGUACCAGCUGUCCGCCGCAGAUUCGACCACCAUCAUAGACAACAUUUCUCUCAUUAACAGUUUGAAAACAACCAAAGAUACAUCUAUCAGCAUACAGAAGCAAGUGGCCGAUUCGAUCACCACGGAGAAUGAGAUUAACAAAACGAGGGAGCUGUAUAGGACUCUGGCGAAUGAAGCUUCCAUAGUGUAUUUUAUCCUCAUCCUCAUGCAUAACAUUAACUACAUGUAUCAGUAUUCACUGGACUCUUUUAUCAGCUUGCUGCUCAAGUCGAUCGAGGCGGUACAUGCGGGGGUGGGAAUGGGAAGAAGGAUAGGAAGCGGCAUGGGUAGCGGUAUGGGUAGCGGUAUAGGUAACGGUAUGGGGAGUGGAAUCGGCCGGGGUCUAGGCAGUGGCGUGGGCAGCGUGGAAGAGGACACGCUGGGCGAUUCCAGGGGGUACUUCCACGAACGCGCCGAACGGGAAGGAGGAGCGGAGGAAGACGAUGCAGAAGAAGCAACCCGAAAGGGAGAGGAACAAAACGACCUGUGCGAUGAGCACAUGAACGAGCUAAUCAUUUCAUUUAGGAAAACGAUCUACUCAUGGAUCAACCGAGGGUUGCUGGAGGAAGACAAGCUGCUAUUCAACUGCAUAUUCGUCUUCAAAUUGUUGGAAAAAAAUAAAAUUCAUGACAAAGAUUUUAGUAUGGAUUAUUUGAACUUUUUUUUGAAGCCUCCCCGAACGAAAGAAGCGAUUCAGAACCCGUUAAAGGAAUGGCUAGCUGAUGACUGCUGGAGGAAUGUAUGCAUGUUGUCAAAAUUUAAGGAGUUUGAAAGUUUAACUAAUAACAUACACAUAGAUGCACAGCACAAGUUCAAGCAGUGGUGUUCUGAAAUACAACCAGAGAUAUGUACCCUCCCUUUAGAAUGGAAAAAAUUGAGUAAUAACUCAUUUAAAAAAUUGCUGAUUAUAAGAUCGUUGAGACCGGAUAGAGUGACAGUAACGUUGGAGAAGUACAUUCGAAAUGUGUUGCCGAACAGUGAAGAGAUUAUGGAGAGGAAGAACUCCUUUGUGGACACGUUAGAAUCGUCGUACAAUUUUAUGAUAAACUCCACGCCUAUUUUAUUUAUCCUAACCCCUGGGUCAGACUUUAUAAAGUAUGUAGAGCAGUUGGGGAAGAAAAAUAAGUUUUUCCUCAAUAGUAAUUUGCACAUAGUAUCUUUGGGACAAGGACAGGAGACGAUUGCGUUAUUCAAACUGGAGCUAGCUCAUAAGGAAGGUCACUGGAUAGUCCUGGAAAAUAUUCAUUUAAUGGCAAAGUUCAACCUAGUUUUAGAAAAUGUGAUUGAUAAAUACGCCGCAGAGGGAUCACACCCGAAUUUUCGUCUUUUUUUAACAGCAGAGGUGACGAAAAAUAUCCCAAUAAGUAUCUUGGAGAGGUCGAUAAAAUUGACAAAUGAAGCUCCAACAGGUUUUAAAGAAAAUCUGAAGAGAGCCUUCACUUUCUUCUCCUUAGAUGACUACGAAGAGAAGGAUUUGCGAACAAAAAAUAUUUUAUUUUCCCUCUGUUAUUUCCAUUCAAUAAUUGUCGAGAGGUCUAAAUUUGGUGCUCAAGGAUUUAACAUAAAGUACCCCUUCAGUUUAAGUGACCUCCGAGACAGUGCCAAGGUUCUUUUCAAUUACUUAGACAACCAGAAUUCUAUAAAAGUACCUUGGAAUGACUUAAAGUAUAUUUUUGGAGAAAUAAUGUACGGUGGGCAUAUAGUCAAUGAUAAGGACAUGUUAGUAUGCAAAACUUAUCUGAACUACUACAUGAAGGAACAGUCCCUAGAGGGCAUGCAGCUGAUCCCCUUUUCUAAAAAUGUCCAACUGUUUAGUCCUAAUAACUAUGCGUAUGAUAAAAUAUUAAAGUACAUCGAUACGCAGAUCGUCGCAGAGUCGUCUAUUUUAUAUGGCCUGAACCAACAUGCAGAAAUGAGCUUUAGGACAAAUGAAAGUAUCAAAUUGUUGACAAAUAUUUUUAAGUUAAAGCUACAGGAGAGUUCCACUUUCGUGGAGGAACUAACCACUGGAGAGACUCUAGAAGUUCGCACAGCCAACAUCCUUUCGGACAUAUUAAAUGAAAUAGAAAACGUACACUUCAAUGUGGAUGAAUUGGUGAAGUCCAUUCCAGAUGACCAGAUCACUCCUCUGCAGUACUUCCUCUUCCAAGAAUGUACCUUAAUGAAUUCACUCACCAGUAUUAUGAGAGAGUCCCUGAAGGAACUACAUCUAGCAAUCAAAGGGGAAAUUAAUAUGAACACAAAAAUGGAAUCAUUGAUGGGUUCUUUGUACAAAGAUCAGCUACCAGAAUUGUGGAAAAAUAACUCCUACUCGAGUAAUAGAAACUUGUGCUCAUGGAUUGUCAACCUGAAGGAACGGAUCAGCUUCCUCUCCGAUUGGUUCAACGAUCCAUUGGUCACUCCCAAAGUUUUUAACGUCUCCCUUUUGUUCAACCCAAAUAGCUUCUUCAGUGCAAUUAAGCAAAUCCUCUCUAGAAAUGAAAAGUGCGAAUUGGACAAAAUUAUUAUGCAAAUUGAGGUCACCAAUAAGUCUUUGAAUAAUAUCCACUCCUACCCUAAGGAGGGCGCUUACAUCUAUGGACUCUACCUCGAUGGCGCUAACUACGAUAUUGAGAAAAAUACCCUCUGUGACUCCAGCUCCAAGCAGAAGUACUUCCUCAUGCCCGUCAUUCACUGCAAACCCGUCGUCAGCAUGGGUAAGGUAGAAACGGACGUGUAUGAGUGCCCCGUUUAUAAGACCGUCUCCAGGGGGCCCACCUACGUCACCAACAUUAAGCUCAAGACCAAGGAGAACCAGGAAAAGUGGGUGCUCGCCGGCGUGGCGCUCAUCCUGGAUAUCGCCGAUGAUUAG